GAGGCUGGGCUUCUCAUGUGGCCUGAUGCUGAUGUAACAAGCCGCCAAAAAAAGAAGAAGGGAAAAAAACCCAAUAGGGAAAUGUGAUUCACUGCUUAGCAGCAUUCAAGGUUGCGUAUUUCAUCCUGCUCUUACAGAUAAGAAUGGACACUAAAGCCAAGUGAAAGAGCGUUCGCUUCCUCUUGAGGUAAAAGAUAACCAGCUCCAUUUUGUUCUCCUAGAAGCCGAUUGCUUCAUGUGGCUUUUCUCGAUCUGAUAAAAACUCAUCCGAAGUCUUGAGUCCUCACCUUCUUGUGGAUUGAAUUAAUUCUGAAAAUCACAUUUCUGUUGGAUAUAUUCUAAGCCUUGAUUUUGCUUUUGUCUACUGCUGCUACUGCUUCCGGUUUGGCUUGAGAAAACUAAGACUGUUGGAAUCCUUAAAAACCAGGAGAGAGAUAACAGACUGUAAAAGGAAAAGAGAAAGCUAUCCAUUAUGAAUCUUAAGCUAAGACUACGCAUCCUUCUCUUGCUCCCUGUGUAUUUCUUGAUAAAUGUGUACAGUACCCUUGUAUUCAUACCAUGGUAUUUUCUUACCAAUGCAAAGAAGAAAAAAGCUAUGGCAAAGCGUUUAAAAGCUAAGCCUGUCUUGGACAAGCCUGGAAGCCCGUAUCGAUCCAUUUCACAUAUUGAGUCAUUAGCCACUAUAGACUUCCCCGGAGCAGACACGCUGGACAAGUUGUUUGACCAUGCGGUGGCAAAGUUCGGGAAGAAGGAUUGUCUUGGAACUAGAGAGAUCUUGAGUGAAGAGAACGAAAUGCAGCCCAAUGGGAAAGUAUUUAAAAAGCUGAUCCUAGGAAACUACCGGUGGCUAAACUAUGAAGAAAUUAAUCAGAAACUGAACCACUUUGGAAGUGGUCUUGCUGCACUUGGGUUAAAGCCAAAGAGCACGGUUGCUAUAUUCUGUGAAACUCGAGCUGAAUGGAUGAUUGCAGCACAAACAUGUUUCCGAUACAACUUUCCUCUUGUUACAUUAUAUGCAACCCUUGGAGAAGAAGCAGUGACUUAUGGACUGAAUGAAUCUGGAGCAUCAUAUCUCAUCACUAGUGUAGACCUUUUGGAAGGCAAACUUAAGAAUGUAUUGUCAGAGAUCCCUAGCCUCAGACAUAUUGUUUAUGUGGAUAAGAAGACUAUCAACACAUCAGACUAUCCCAAAAGACUGGAGAUUCAUAGCAUGCAAGCAGUUGAAGAACUGGGAGCCAAACCAGAAAACUUAAACAUCCCUCCAAGUCGACCUGGUCCUACAGACAUGGCCUUAGUCAUGUAUACAAGUGGCUCCACUGGGAGGCCUAAGGGAGUGAUGAUGAUGCAUAAAAAUUUAAUAGCUGGAAUGACAGGACAAUGUGAACGAAUACCUGGACUGGGGCCCAAAGACACAUACAUUGGCUACUUGCCCCUGGCUCAUGUAUUAGAAAUGACAGCAGAGAUUUCCUGUAUUACUUAUGGCUGUCGGAUUGGAUACUCCUCUCCACUCACGUUGUCAGACCAGUCAAGUAAAAUUAAAAAGGGAAGCAAAGGAGACUGUACUGUUCUGAAACCCACACUGAUGGCAGCUGUGCCUGAAAUCAUGGAUCGAAUUUAUAAGAACGUUAUGAGUAAAGUUCAAGAGAUGAACUACAUCCAGAAAACAUUGUUUAAGAUAGGAUAUGACUACAAAUUGGAACAAAUUAAACGGGGAUAUGAUGCACCUCUCUGUAACUUGCUGUUAUUUAAGAAGGUGAAAGCACUGCUAGGGGGGAAUGUACGCAUGAUGCUUUCAGGCGGAGCACCCCUCUCUCCUCAGACGCAAAGAUUCAUGAAUAUCUGUUUCUGCUGUCCUGUGGGCCAAGGUUACGGACUAACAGAAACCUGUGGAGCAGGGACAAUUACAGAAGUCUCGGACUACAGCACUGGCAGGGUAGGGGCACCUCUCAUCUGCUGUGAGAUUAAACUGAGAGACUGGCAAGAAGGUGGCUAUACCAGUAGAGACCAGCCAAACCCUAGGGGAGAGAUUAUCAUUGGCGGGCCUAAUGUCUCAAUGGGAUACUUCAGAAAUGAGGAGAAGACAGCAGAAGAUUAUAUUGUGGAUGAAGGUGGUCAGCGCUGGUUUUGCACUGGAGACAUUGGAGAGUUUCAUUCCGAUGGCUGUCUUCAAAUCAUAGAUCGCAAAAAAGACUUGGUAAAGUUGCAGGCAGGAGAAUAUGUAUCACUUGGAAAAGUUGAAGCUGCCCUGAAAAACUGCCCACUUAUCGACAACAUCUGUGCUUAUGCCAAAAGUGACCAGUCUUAUGUCAUCAGUUUUGUGGUUCCGAAUCAAAAGAAACUAACGGCUCUUGCUGAACAGAAGGGAGUGACUGGCAGCUGGGUGGAUAUCUGCAACAAUCCUCUCAUGGAAUCAGAAGUUCUGAAAGAGAUUAAGGAAGUGGCAAACAAAAUGAAACUGGAGAGAUUUGAAAUACCAGUCAAGGUGCGGUUAAGCCCAGAGCCCUGGACUCCAGAGACAGGCCUGGUGACAGAUGCUUUCAAAUUGAAAAGGAAAGAGCUGAAGAACCAUUACCUCAACGACAUUGAGCGAAUGUAUGGAGGUAAAUAACCUCCAAACCCCUCUGAGUCAGAAGCUGUGCGGGAUUCCUUCUGUGACUGAAUGGGAAACAUUAUUCCUUCAAACGUGGCUGUAAUUACCAAUGGGGAGGUGAUACUUUGUGAAACUGGUGACCGAUAACACACCCCCAUUUUAAAGGAGGAACGCCCAGCACUGGCUUUCUGUGCGACACUUUUCAAGAUGCUGUCAAAAUGACUGACCCACUGCCAUGGUUUCAUUUGAUCACUUCCAGUACUGAAUGGCUGUGGUCAUAUGAAACUCCCUCAUUGGAUAAACCAUUGUUUCUACCUUUAUACUUUGGCUUCUCUUACUCACAAGGAAUUAGAACAUCUUGGAGGAUUGCAAGAUGGUGAUUUUUAAAAAUGGAGGAAAAACAAAAUUGUCUGUAAAUGUAUCAACUGUAUCCGGGGAGAAAAAGUGACAAAACGAUAGGCCAAGCUUGUACCUUUCAGAAAUUGACAAUCUCAGGUCCUUUGCUAGCUAGAAUACCUUCUUGUAACUUGAUUGUCAUUAGGGCCACAAAGAAGAGAGAGAAGCUCUUCUCUUGAAUGUUACUUCCACACAGCCAAAAACUGACAGGCACCAACCAUGUUACCAACACACAACUGUUAAGGAAUGGAUUUUGCAACUUACACAGUCAACAGAUAUCCAGACGUGUGACGAUCAGUGAACUUUAUGUCUGCAAUGGAAACAUUAAUGUAUUUUGAUUCCUGUUUCUAGCUAACUGAAUACACACAAGUUGUAUUUUAAGCUGCUAAAGAGGGCAUUCUGCCUUUGUGGAAAUAUCUGGGGGAAAGAGACCUCUGUGGUGCUUUGAGAGUAUUUAGAGACCACUUCCAAUUUGUUAUUUUCUACUCUGUGCUGGAGAGGCCUAAGUGCAGCAUUUAAAGCCAGUAUUUUUCUCCAUUCACUGAGUACAGACCAUUGAGUUCAGCGCAGAAGGUGCAAGAGAUGCGUAUCGCCUGCAUUUCAUUAUUCCGAGUAUUUAUAGUGCCUAAAAGGGAGACAAGUACACUUACAAGGAAAGCGGAGCUGAACUGAACAGAUACACAUCCAGCGUACCCUUUUCUGUUAAGAUUUGCAUCCUGCACUUUUGACACUGCCAUUAGGAUCCUUUUCUUUUUCAUGCCCCAAAAGAGUUUAAAACCUCGUUCAAAAGAUGACAAGCUAGUGAUUUUUGCCAUCUCUGACACUACUGUAGUAAUAAUGCCAGUACAAUUUUUCAGAUCAUUUAUUUAGACUAUCUCAAUUCAUUUCAGAUCAGUGGGACUGAACAAGUUUGACGGCUGAACUAGUUUAUAGAUUGUCCUCUGUACACACUUGUUCUUCUCAGGUGUGACAUUUUAGUAUCUCUAGUGUCUCUUCCUCCAAGCCCAUCCGCACUCUGGGAAUUAAAGUCUUCGGUUUUGUUUUCGAACUUCGAAAGGGGCAUUCCUAUUUAUCUUUUUGAUACGUCACACGCAACGAGUCACAAAAACUGAAUAUUUCUUAUUUAUGAGCGAAGAACGCGGUCUUUGGAAGACUUUGUUGAAGGAGCUUGUCGAAAGAGGGAAAGAAAGCGCUGUAUUUAAAGCCUUUGUCCUUUAUUUUUGUUUGUGAAAAUGGUUAUUUAAAAAACUGGAAAUCCUUGGUGUGCGGAGGAGAGCGAGUAGGACAGCGACACUCUCCUGUGGUUUGUGUUCUUGUGUGCUGCAGUUGACAAGUGUCUUUUUUCUUUUGUAAAGUUCACACUCUGGGCUUGUGUCCCCCUUUUUAGCCGUUCACACUUGAACUAGAAAUGCUGUAAGACGUGGCAAUCCUUGACGCUGUUCUACUUUGCACUUUUUUCUUGAUCCUUCUUUUAUAUAUUUGUUGCAUCCAUUUUCAUUUUGUACAGAUGUGGCCCUUGACUGCGAUGUGUAUACUUGGCUCUAAAGUAUUUAUGAAAUAGAUCUCUUUUAUCCAUGAUACUUAACUGUGUAUAUUAUGCUCAAAAGGAGAAAAAUUAUCAUAAUAAUAAUCUGGUAUUGUUUCUAAAGAA